CAACUCGCUCAGGUUAUCGCGGAAACAAGGACGCCUCAAGAUUUCGUUCUGUUUCUUUUCCCGCACGCCUAGAAUGUAGGCGAGAUCAACAACCGGAAACAGUCAACUACAAAGAACGGACAACAGCUCAUCUUGUAAACGGAUAUCCCGUGUAUGCCGACGAUGCCCACCGUGUCAUCACUUCGCAACGCGCGUCCCAGGCUUCCAGGAAGGGUUUCGUGCCAUCCACAAAGGACGUGUUGAAAGCUUUUGGCUGCCAUGAUAGCGAUCAAGCAGACCUGCUUGCUUCUGGUGGCUGGUUUGUGGACAAGCGCCUUGCUGGGAAGUGGCUAUACCGGUUCAACGAUGGUGGGAGGCUGGACCGAGCAGAACCCCCAGGGAAGCCCCAAGUACCUGAAGCUUGCCCACUACGCAGUGUCCACGCAAACAGAGGGCGAGACAGUAUACAACACGGUCCUCAACCUCACUAACGUCGCCACUCAG